GACGCUGACAUAAUCGAAAGCCCCGUUUGCUGUUUCCUGUUCCACCACCAAACAACCUAUAACAACACACGUGAACGACUAAUCUGACGUCUUCAGGCAAAAAUGCCACAAACGGUCAACUGUAACUUCUAAAUAUUUACUCAAAAUGGUUUGGAUCAGUAGGAUGUGUUGUCGGAAGUACGGUAACUUCGUGGACAACCUGCGUCUGUAUGUGCGAGGGGGCAGUGGGGGGAUGGGGCUGCCCCGUCUGGGGGGUCAGGGGGGGAAAGGGGGAGACGUGUGGGUGGUGGCUCAGAAGGAGAUGACUCUGAAGAGGGUCAAGGAUAAGUACCCCCAGAAACGCUUCAUCGCUGGAGUAGGAACCAACAGCAGUGUCCGUGCUCUGAGGGGGCAGAAAGGAGCGGACCAAGAAGUCUUUGCUCCUCCUGGCAUUACUGUCACCAAUGAUGAUGGAAUGGUCCUCGGUAAGCUGAACACUGAGGGAGAUCGUGUGCUGGUGGCAAGAGGGGGUCAAGGAGGCUCUUACCACUCAGAGUUUCUGCCCAGUAAGGGCCAGACCAGACAGAUACGACUGGACCUCAAACUCAUUGCUGACCUCGGCCUGGUGGGGUUCCCCAAUGCGGGAAAAUCCUCUCUACUGACCGCCCUGUCUCACGCCAAACCCCAGAUUGCGAGCUAUGCCUUCACCACUCUGAGACCAGAGAUUGGCAAGGUCAUGUAUGAAGACCAUAAACAGAUCUCAGUGGCAGACCUCCCAGGGCUGAUAGAGGGGGCCCACAUGAAUAGAGGCAUGGGCCACCAGUUCCUCAAACACGUUGAGAGGACCAGACAGCUGCUCUUUGUGGUGGACGUUUGUGGUUUCCAGCUGGCAAGCAAAACGCCCUUUAGGUCUGCUUUUGAGGCUGUUCAACUUUUAAUUAAAGAGUUGGAGCUGUAUAAGGAGGAUCUCCCGUGUAAGCCUGCUGUGUUGGUGGUCAAUAAGAUGGACCUGCCUGAUGCAGAGGACAAACUCACAGAGCUGCAGGAGCAACUCCUAAACCCACACGAGUUCUCCCACCUGUUACCUGACGAUAUGCUUCCUAAGAACAACAUGGUCUUCAGACACGUGGUUCCUAUCUCAGCUGCCACCGGUUUUGGCAUCGCACACCUCAAGACCUGUAUCCGCCAAUCACUAGACAAGGAUGCCUCUAUGGCAACGGACUCCCUGCACCGUGAUAGGCUACAGGCACUGAGAGGGGCGGUCCCAGCCAAGAACACACUCACAUGGGGCCCCACCGCCUCAGUUUGAGCUGAACUGUGGAACAUUCAGGGUUAGUAUGUUCUGCAGUUUUGAAAAAGGGUUUGAACUUUAUUCAUGUUCACUCAGUGUGGAACGUUUUCAAUAUUGUGGAAGUCAGGGUGAUGUUCCUACCUAUCAUACCCUAGGUAGGAUGACUCCUCAACAUUCAUCCUGGCUCUGCACCCUGCUUGAGACUAUCUAUGGAAAACACUAACGAUGAUGUCACCCACAGUCAUAACCCAGGCGAGGGUGUUGCCGUCCUGCCUUCCCCUUAUGACCACACUAUGGACAGAGUUACAGACGUUGAGGAAGAGGGCUGACACCCACAGUCAUAACCCAGGCGAGGGUGUUGCCGUCCUGCCUUCCCCUUAUGACCACACUAUGGACAGAGUUACAGACGUUGAGGAAGAGGGCUGACAAAAAGGGGGGGGAGUACGUUUGUGUUUUUCUGCUGGAUGUUGUCUCUGACUGUUUGAUGUAAUAUGUUGCUUUUCCACCAUGUAGUAAUAAACAUGUUAAUUAAUGCUG